ACUUCGGAAGGACCAAAAGUGUCUUUUCGCACUUCCGCGUUGUCAGAAAUCUGCAGCAGGGACAGACGAGUUUUAAAACAAACAGCAGGAGCAGAUAAACAGGAGCAGGUCGGUGUGAUGAAGCUGAAGCCUCCCUGCUGACUCCCACCUUCAUCCUCCUCAUCAUCAUCAUGUCUCUGGCCGACAACCCUCACCUGCUGCUGGGCAGGAUCCGCUUCCUGAACCGGUGUGUGGAGAGCUUCCGGAGGGGAGAGCCGGUCCCGGAGGGUCUGUGCUACGUCCCCAGAGAGGUGUGCUACAAGAUCUGCAAGGAUUCCUCGUCCUCCUCCGGGGCCUCCUCCGGGCCCUCGGCUGGAGGAUCCACCGUGGGGAAAACCGUCGUGUCCGUGUUCGAAAGCCCUCAUCAGAUCCCCCACAGCAAGAAGCUGUGCAGGUACAGCAUCGAGCCCAAGAAAGGGACCUGCAUCCGGACCACCGGGGAGGAGUACUGCAACAGCCAGGGCCUGUGGGUGAAAAUCAGCAAGGAGCAGCUGGAGGAGCACCGUCCGGGCCAGGAGCUGGAGGAGGGCUGGAUCCUGGUGUGUAAACACACUGAGGGAGGCGACCGGCUGGUUCCCGUGGAGCCGCCGGAGACCGUCAGCCGGCAGCAGCAGCUCUUCGGCUACGACCACAAACCCUGCAACCGAUGGGAGCAGGUGGUGGACGUGGAGAACGCACUGUACAUCGGGUCCAAACCCAAAAUCGCAGAGUCUGACGAGGCCGCCGUCCAGAAGCUGAGGUACGUUCCUCCCACCUGGACGUACGAAUGUGACGAGGAUCUGGUCCACUACUUCUACGACCACAUUGGGAAAGAGGACGAGAACCUGGGGAGUGUGAAGCAGUGUGUGACCAGCAUUGAUGUUUCCUCAUGUUCGGAGGAUCCCAGCGGGGGGGCGAGCUGUCUGACGGACGGAGACACUGAAACUUACUGGGAGAGUGACGGCAUGCAGGGACAGCACUGGAUCCGUCUGCACAUGAAGAGAGGCACUGUGGUCAAUAAACUGAUAUUAACGGUGGACUCAACGGACGACAACUACAUGCCCAAGAGAGUCACAGUUUACGGAGGAGAAGGAGACAACCUGAAGAAGCUGAGCGACGUCACCAUAGACGAUAAUCUGAUUGGAGAGGUGUGCGUGUUGGAGGAUAUGAACUCUCACCUGCCGGUCAUUGAGGUUCGGAUCGAGGAGUGUAGAGAUGAAGGGAUCGACGUCCGUAUCCGAGGUUUAAAGAUUAAAUCUUCCUGUGAGAGGGACCUGGGUCUGAACGCUGACGUCUUCCAGUCCUCUAACUUGGUUCGUUAUCCUCGACUGCAGGGAACGCCGCCCGACAUCCUGUACCGCCGAGCCAUCGUCAUCCAGAGGUUCAUCUGUCUGCUGGACAGCGUUCUGCCUCACCUGGUGCCGGCCUGGGACUACAGCCUGGGGACCUUCAACCAGAUCAAAAGCAUAAAGCAGUUCCUGCUGCUGUCGAAGCGGCGCUCUGCCCUCAUCACUCAGUGCCUGAAGGACUCGGAGACCAGUAAGCCGAACUUCAUGCCUCGACUCUACAUCAACAGACGUCUGGCCAUGGAGCACCGAGACAAUCCAUCCCUGGACCCCAACUGCAAGAACGCCGUGUUGAACCAGGUCUAUGAAGGUCUGAAACCAUCUGACAAGUUUGAGAAGACGUUGGAUUACAGAUGGCCGGCUCGCUACGACCAGUGGUGGGAAUGUAAGUUCAUAGCAGAAGGAAUCAUCGACCAGGGAGGAGGAUUCAGGGACAGUCUGGCCGACAUGUCUGAGGAGCUUUGCCCCAGUUCAGCCAAGUGUCCGAUUCCUCUGCCUUUCUUCACCCGGACGUCCGACCAGGGCUCCUUAGGGGCCAGAGAUUAUUACGUCCCAAACCCGUCCUGCAAAGAGUUCCAUAAAUACGAGUGGAUUGGUCAGCUGAUGGGAGCUGCUCUGAGAGGGAAAGACUUCCUGGUUUUGGCUCUUCCUGGGCUGGUGUGGAAGCAGCUGACUGGAGAAUCCAUCAGCUGGAGUAAAGACUUCCCUGCAGUCGACUCCAUGCUGGUGAACCAGCUGGACUCCAUGGAGAACAUGGACCGGGAGACGUUUGACUUCAUGUUUGGGGAGGAGCUGGAGUACACCACCCUGCUGAGCGACGGCCAGAUGGUGGAGCUCAUCCUAGGAGGCAGUAAUGUUCCGGUUCGCUACGAGGAUCGCAGCGAGUUCAGCCGCCUGGUGCAGAAGGCUCGGCUGGAGGAGAGCAGGCAGCAGAUCGCAGCCAUCCAGGCCGGGCUGCUGAAGGUGGUUCCUCAGGCGGUGCUGGACCUGCUCACCUGGCAGGAAGUGGAAAAGAAAGUGUGUGGAGACCCAGAGAUCACUGUGGAAGCUCUGAAACGACUCACUCGGUAUGAAGACCUGGAACAAAGUGAUGUCAGAGUUCAGUACUUAUGGGAGGCGCUGACCAACUUCACCAACGAGGACCGCAGCAGGUUUCUGAGGUUUGUAACUGGUAGAAGUCGUCUUCCUGCUCCGAUCUACGUCUUCCCUGAUAAACAAGGCUCUGAAACAACGGAUGCACUUCCACAGUCCUCCACAUGUUCUAGUACCCUUUAUCUACCCAACUACCCCAGCGCGAAGGUUUGUGAGGAAAAGCUGCGUUACGCUGCCUAUAACUGUGUGGCCAUCGACACCGACAUGAGUCCCUGGGAGGAGUGAACUUCUUCACCUGAACACUCCACAGAUCACCGCUGAACGGAGAAACCUUGCCAAGUUUAUCACCUGUCUUCUGCCAAAUAACCAAUAGCUGUAUAUAAUAAAGAACUAUAUGGAAACAUGGAA